ACACUCGGUGGAAGAUGGCGGCCCUGAGCGAGCGGUCGGCGCGGCUGUGGGCGGACGGACCGGCUCCCGGGCAGUUCUACUCGGUGCCCAGCGCCAGCCUGGGGCCCAGCAAGCGGACGCUAAGCCCCAUGGUGACUGGUACCUCGGUACUCGGGGUGAAGUUUGAUGGAGGGGUGAUCAUUGCGGCUGACAUGCUCGGCUCGUACGGGUCCUUGGCGCGCUUCCGGAACAUACCUCGGCUGAUGAAAGUGAACGACAACACGGUACUGGGGGCUUCGGGUGACUAUGCUGACUACCAGUACCUCAAGCAGGCCAUCGAGCAGAUGAUGAUUGACGAAGAAUUACUUGGAGACGGUCACAGUUAUAGUCCAAAAGCAAUCCAUUCCUGGCUGACCAGAGUCAUGUACAACAGGAGGUGCAAGUUGAAUCCUCUGUGGAACACAGUCAUCAUCGGUGGAAUGAACAAUGGCGAGAGCUUCCUGGGUUACGUAGACAAGCUUGGUGUUGCCUAUGAGGCUUCGACAGUGGCAACUGGUUUCGGUGCCUACCUCGCACAGCCCCUGAUGCGGGAAGUAGAUGAAAGUCAAGCACUCAUUUCGAAAGAUGAAGCUCGCCAGCUGAUCGAGCGUUGCUUGAAGGUCCUUUAUUACCGGGAUGCACGGUCCUAUAACCGGUACCAAUUAGCAACCGUAACUGCAGCUGGUGUGGAAAUUGAGGGACCGCUCUCGGCAGACACCAACUGGGAAAUAGCACACAUGAUAAGUGGGUUUGAGUAGAAGAGCUCAGUCCACAGCAGGGCUGGUGAAUCAACAGGAGCAGAACGUCUCCACAGAUGACUCCAAAAGCCAUUGCUUGUUUGCCGUUGUAUCUCUUGGAAUUUUUUCAUUGUGUUUGCUUCAGUGUAAAUGUUUUAUAGUGGGGUGGGGCGGGGCGGCAAUGAGAAAUAAAAAAUUGUCUUCAAGGAA